GACUCCCUUAUCGGUAGCGAAGAAUUUUCCAUGAUGAGAAGCCUCGCGGACGAAGCCAGAUUCUUCGUCUACGCCUACAACACCACGACCCUCGUCACCACAGCCGGCUUGGCUCUGGGGAUUUUCUUCGUCAUUACGGCGUUGGUUCUGUACUUCUAUUAUUACUCGACUACGAACGGCAGGGCAGGAGGAGAGUGGGAGUACUCAGGUAACGGCCGCAGCAGUUACGACUACGUAGCAGACAUUCUGGGCUACUUGGAGAAAGCUUUCAUCGACUACGGUGUGGAGCAGGAGGAGUGUCGCCGGCGCCUGAUGUGUGAAGCUCACCUGCCCAACGCUCACCUGGUCAACAAGCCCGUGGUAGACACGCUCACCCAUCUCAUGAGCCAAGUAACAGACGAGGACGUGGCAACAGCAACCACCCAAGAAGCCACCGCCGUACGGAACAUACAGCUGGCAGCACGGCACGGCCUAGACGAACAGGGGUGCCAGACGUACGAGCAAGCGUGUCCACAUGUCUCGCUAUCAAGUGUAGUUCACAACGGGCGCUAAUAGGAGAGAGAGAGACAAAAAAAAAAUACAGCAAUCGUUGUAUCUGCCAACUAGGUCGUCAUCAUAGCUUAGCACAGUCACAAGAAGACUGUUCUGAAAUAGAUGUUUUACUUAUUUUUCUUCGUUCUUUCUUCUCUAUUUAUUGAUUGAUUUAGUUCUUUACAAUGGAAGAAAAACUGACUUACUUACUUACUCAAAAUUUUCCUGAAAUCUCGUACUUUUAAUCACAAAACUAAAACAGGGAUUUAUAACACGUGCAGUAUGUGUAUCUGUAUGACAGCCUUCCUACAAGACAACAUGACUGAUGACAAAAAAAAAUAUAAUAACUAAAUAACAAAAGAAUUCGAAGCUGAGUUCAAAACGUUAUAAAUGCACUUUUAUGUCGUCAGUUCGUUCCAAGUCAAAGUCCUGUUUGGACUUCUUUUGCACCUUCCCUACCCUCUUUCCUCCUCCCCUCCCCCUCUCCAUCUCGCCCUUCUCCCCUUCCCGCCCCU